CUGAGUGCAACUGCCACUUAUCACUUGUGACGGGCAGACGACAAAAGCCUCGGCAGGAGGUCGUCUUGUCAGACGACAGCCUGACAGAGAUUCUUGCCCUUUUGCAGCAUCAGUAAGCAAGAAAAUGCAUUUGUACCUGUAUUUCUUGGUCCCACUUGCCUACACGCUGAUGCAAGGGUCAGAGGCAGGCAGUCCUGUCGAUUCCAACCUGUAUAUGGACAGUCUUCUCACGACCCUGGUGCCCCUGCAUGCCCGCAGCCUGGGGCUGGAGAAUGUCAGUGUGCCAAACUGUGCAUUCAAGGUGCCUAGCACAGCCGUUACCAAUCGCGACGUCUGUGUGGAGCUGCACGGUGGACGUUUGCUAGGGUUGGUCACUCCCGGACUCACUCGCAGGGGUCAGUGUUCGGCUCCUGGCUGGUUGGGCAUGAACAUCACGGUGGGCUGCUAUGUGUCGCUGGACAACACACACCUCUCGUACACUGGCUCAGCCAAGGGCGACAGCUUGUUGAAUACGAACCGGAGCAUGGUGCUACAGGCUACACCCUUCAGUGCCAACACACUCCUCGAAGUCACCUCCACACCAGGUGGCGUGCCCCGAGUGCGCACUUGGGCUCUGCAGCCAUUCACGUUUGUGGUGGGCACAUCACCCAAGCUGAACCUCAAUUCUGCUCGCCAGGCCACGUUCGACAAGGAGGCCAGCAAGUGUGCCUACGCUUCCCUGUCCAAUGUACUCUUGGUGGCAUACAGGGAAGCCCUGGAAAGGGCUGUGAGUGCCACAAGGUUGCCUCUGCCCUGAACAAACAGCACAUAGGCAAAAUAACUUGUACAUGGUUGUCUAAAAAUAAACGCUGGUGCAAAAGACAUACAGAUGAAGCACAACAGGGAUGAAACGAAUGGGCCACUACAGUUCAACCUCCAAAUAACAUGCACAUAACUAACACUAGAUGCUUCCGACGAGUACCAGAUACAAUAAGGGCAUAUUUUUGUCCACCAUUUGUUAUAACCUUGCUUGGGAAGCAAUGAAGCUUGGUAAGCAACACCAAUGUAAUUAGAAUAAAGAACAGACAUUUGCACAACUGGACAAA